UUAUGGGUUGAAUGGUAAGAAAUGUAUGAGACUCGCAACCAUUCCCCUUUUGCAAUUUUCCCUUUUUGGCGAUCCUCUCCCAAUCAAACGCCACGUCUGAGCGUCUCCUUCAGGAAAAUUCUCUCUCAUCAUCAGUAUAUGCAUAUCAUUGAUUUUGAUUUGAGCUCUCUGUAUGUAUGUAUCUAACACACUAAACACUUGGAAAUUUUAGUAAGAAAUGGAGAGUACUCAGAAGGGUUCCCAAUAUGCUUUUUCAGAGGUUUUUCGGAGAGAGAUGGGUUUUUCUCAACCCCAAUUCUUCACUCGCCGAAUCUCUUCUUCUGAGGCCCUUGUGAAGAAAAUUGAUCUGUAUGGGAAGUUAAAUGGUCAUGAGGGUUGUGUGAACACAGUUCAGUUCAACUCUUCUGGUGACCUCCUCGUGUCAGGUUCUGAUGAUCGAAAAGUUAUGUUCUGGAAUUGGGCAACAAAAACAUUAGAAUUUUCAUAUCCUUCUGGCCACCUAGAGAACAUAUUUCAGGUCAGAAUCAUGCCAUUUACUGAUGAUCGGAAAAUUGUAACUUCUUCUGCAGACGGCCAGGUUAGGCUUGGUCAGGUAUUGGAGAAUGGCAAAGUAGAAACAAAAAUGUUAGCGGAGCACCAAGGUCGCGUGCACAAUAUUGUGGUGGAGCCUGGAAAUCCCCGCAUAUUUUAUAGCUGUGGCGAAGAUGGCUUUGUUCAACAUUUUGAUCUGCGAAGUAAUUCUGCUAGAAAGCUCUUCUGUUGCUCCUCUUUCACAGAUAAAAAGCAGUCUUCAAGCAGCAUAAGAUUGAAUGCUAUUGUGGUCGACACAAGAAAUCCUGAUUACUUUGCCGUAGGAGGUUCUGAUGAAUAUGCACGAGUCUACGACAUUAGAAAAUACCAAUCAGAUGCUUCAAGUAACAGAGAUGCACCCAUUAAUACAUUUUGCCCUAAUCACCUAAUUAAGACUCAUGAUGUUCAUAUAACAGCAUUGGCAUACUCAAACUCAAGUGAAUUGCUUGUCUCUUACAAUGACGAGCUCAUUUAUUUAUUCCAGAAGAACAUGGGGAUAGGUCCAUCCCCAUUGUCAGUCCCGCAUGAGGAUUUGCAGAAACUGGAAGAACCACAAGCUUACUCAGGGCAUAGGAAUUCACGAACAGUUAAAGGAGUGAGUUUCUUUGGUCCUCAUGACGAAUACGUCAUGAGUGGGUCCGAUUGUGGUCACAUAUUUAUAUGGAAGAAGGAAGGAGCUAAACUCGUGCGCUUAAUGGUUGGUGAUCAGCACAUAGUAAAUCAACUGGAGCCCCAUCCACAUAUGCCUGUGAUUGCAACCUCUGGAAUAGAAAAAAAUAUAAAGCUCUGGGCUCCUGUAUCAAAUGAUGUUCUUCCCCUGCCUCACAAUGUUCAAGAGAUUAUGGAGUCUAAUAGGCAAGGCAGAGUGGACCAUUCGCGUGUUACACUUACCCCUGAUGUUAUCAUGCACGUCUUGCGGUUGCAUAGGAGACAAGCACUGGCUUAUAAUGAAAGAAGAUAUGGUAGAGCUGAUAUUGAGAGCGAUGAAGAAGACGAAGCUGCUUAUGUUUUAGGAUUCUCUGGUGAUGAGGGAAAUUCUGGAGAUUGCAACAUUAGCUAGAGUUUUGCACUUAUCUGUAAGUGAAUUUUUUUUCUUCGUUUUUUUAAUCUUGUUUGGUAGUUCUUGCUUGAUUUUCAUCCUUUUAAAAUUACUAUGGCUUCAAGUCAUUCCCGAGCUAUAUAAGAUUGACCUGUAUCAAAAGAUCAAUGGGACGAUAUGGUUCAUUGAUAUCCCAAUCUUUGCAUUAUGUAAAUCAUCUUGUGUUGGAAUAUGAAGUGUACGGGAAUGUGAUUGGUGAUCAGAAA